AUGGCGGGAAAAUUCUUUAUUGUUCCGGCGAUUAUCUAUGCUCGCCAUGCUUCUCCUUAUUUCACCACGAAAACAUUCUCUACAUCGAAGGUUAAUGCUCCGGCAAGAUACGAGGAUGAGUUGCUUUGGGAGCGGCAUGGCUAUACAAAGCUUCAAAGAAACAAUUUAGAAGGUGGUUGCGAAGAAUCAUAUACAGCUUUGGGUAAACAUGUGGGAAAAGAAAAACGUAGGAAAGCUUAUUCGAUGCUGGAAAAAUGUAUGAAGGCUCGCUCUGAUUAUUUUCAGCCGUUUUUCGCGAUGAAGAGAGAUACUAAAGAACGGAUGACAACAUGUGUUUGCAAAAAAGUCUUUAUAGCUUGGAUGGACUUCUGCAAAGACACUAAGAAAAACAACAGAAGUUGUGUUCCUACACCUGCCAUGGAAGCCCUGGUCAAGUGUAUGAAGGUUGAUCACUCUGAUUACUAUCACCCGUUUCUCACGGUAUUCAAAACUACUGAAGAACAUGUUAAAAACGAGAUCAAGGCCUUGGGUAGCUGA